AUGGACUCAGACAUCCACAUGCCAGGACCUGUGUGCCUCAUUGAGAACACAAAAGGGCAACUGACAGCCAAACAGGAGGCUCUGGAGCUCCUGUCUGCCAUCAAGCAGCCUGUGGUGGUGGUGGCCAUCGUGGGCUUCUAUCGCACAGGCAAAUCCUACUUGAUGAACAAGCUGGCUGGAAAGAACAAAGGCUUCUCUCUGGGCUCCACGGUGCAGUCUCACACGAAGGGGAUCUGGAUGUGGUGUGUGCCUCAUCCCCGGAAGUCAGACCACACCCUAGUUCUGCUUGACACAGAGGGCCUGGGGGAUGUGGAGAAGGGUGACAACCAGAAUGACUGCUGGAUCUUUGCCCUGGCUGUACUUCUGAGCAGCACCUUCGUGUACAACAGCAUGGGAGCCAUCAACCAGCAGGUCCUGGACCAGCUGCACUAUGUGACAGAGCUGACAGACAGAAUCAGAACAAGAUCUUCACCUGACCAAAACGAGUUGGAGGACUCAGAUGAAUUUGUGAGUUUCUUCCCGGACUUUGUGUGGACUCUGAGGGACUUCUCUCUCGAGCUUAAAGUAAAUGAGGAACUCAUCUCUGCAGAUGAAUACCUAGAGAAUUCCCUGAAGCUUAUACACGGUACAGGUCAAAGAGAUAAAGAACAAAGGCUUAAUCUCCCUCGGAUCUGUAUUCGUAAGUUCUUCCCAAAGAAGAAAUGCUUUGUCUUUGAGCGGCCAGCACAUGGGAGGAAGCUUGGCCAGUUGGAAUCGCUGCAGGAUCAAGACCUGGACUCAGACUUCAUUGAACAAGUGGCAGAAUUCUGUUCCUACGUGUUCAGCUGUUCCAAGGUGAAAACGAUUUCAGGAGGCAUCAGUGUCAAUGGACCACGACUAAAGAGCUUGGUGGCAACCUAUGUCAACACCAUCUGCAGUGGAGAUCAGCCCUGCAUGGAGAAUGCUGUCCUGGCUUUGUCCCGGACAGAAAAUGCAGCUGCAGUGCAAAAGGCCAUUGCUCACUAUGACCGGCAGAUGAGCCAGAUGUUGAAGUUACCCACAGAAACUCUCCAGGAGCUGCUGGAUCUGCACAGGACCAUAGAGAAAGAAGCUACCAAGAUCUUCAUGGAAAAGUCCUUCAAAGAUGUUGAUCAAGAGUUCCUAACAAAAUUAGGAGCUGAGUUAGAAAAAAAGCAAGGUGAUUUCUGUAAGAAGAAUCUACAGGCAUCCUCAGAUUGCUGCUCAACUCUGAUUCGGGAUAUUUUUGGUCCACUAGAAAACGAUGUGAAGAUGGGGGUUUAUUCUAAACCAGGAGGAUACUGUACUUUUAAUCAGAAGAUACAGGAGUUGAAGAAAAAGUACUAUCAGGCACCCAGGAAAGGGAUUCAGGCUGAAAAAACUCUGCAGAAAUAUUUGCAGUCCAAGGAGGAUAUGAUUGAUGCAAUUCUACGCACAGACCAGGCUCUGACACAAAGAGAAAUACAGAUUGAAGUGGAACGUGUGAAAGCCGAAGCUGCAAAGAAUACAGCAAAAAUAAUGGAGGAUAUGCAACAGAAGAAUGACCAGUUGCUGCAACAGAAAGAGAAGAGUUACUGGGAACGCAUGCAACAGUUGACUGAGAAGGUGCAGAAGGAACAGGCCCAGAUCAGGGAGGAGCAGCAGAGGGCCACUGAGCACAAACUUCAGGAACAGGCUCGACAACUACGUGAGAAUUUCCAGCAAGAAAAUAAAAAACUACAAGAUGAGAUAAAGAUUCUCUAUGAAAGGGAAGCCUCACGCAGAUGUGUUGUAAGCUAAACAACUAAACAAUACUCCUGUCCUGCCAUUCAAAACAGAUGAAUAGCAUGUAGAAAUGGGAACAAGAGUCAUUCCAGGUGAUAAUAAUUGGGUCCUGUAUCAGAAAAAUAAAAAUCUGCAAAGUCAUGCAGUGUGAUCAUUGAAAUCAUAUUUAUCUUCCUAUAAGA